AUGCUACAGAGAGACUGUGGGGAGAUCACAUCCCGGGCCAACGUGGACUACCAGACAAUUGUGAGGGAUACCAUCAGGCAUAUCGGCUAUGACAACUCAGAUAAAGGUUUUGACUAUAAGACCUGUAACGUGCUGGUGGCUCUGGAUCAGCAGUCCCCUGACAUCGCACAGGAAGUUCACAUCGACCGGAUGGAGAGCGACAUUGGAGCAGGAGACCAGGGUCUGAUGUUUGGUUAUGCCACUGAUGAGACAGAGGAGUGCAUGCCUCUCACCAUCGUCCUCUCACGCACACAGCUUCCUUUUUGGUGCAGUUUUCAUUAA